AUGAUUUUGGGACAAGGGAGGCGCCUCCAGAAAAUAGUGGACUCCCAAAAUACGCCUGUACCUGUUCAAGCUUCCCCGACGGCCAAUGACAAAUACUAUGACAUUAUAGGAUUUGAUCCCCGUGGCAUUAACAAUACUACCCCGCGAUACGAGUGCUUCACAGAUCCGCAUUCUCGUCAGCGCUGGUCUUUGGACAAUGAAUUCCUCGAUCUGUUAGGCAGCUCGACCGUGGCAACAGAGCAAGCAUGGGGAAGAGCCAUGGCAUUAGGUGCUACGUGUACACGGGAAGAUGGCCCAAAGAUAGGGCGAUUCAUGAACACUACACCAACCGCGGCAGAUAUAGUUGAGAUUAUUGAGCGACUCGGAGAAUGGCGAGAAAAUGCAGCCGAAGCCAUAAUUACCAGCAAGGUAAGCCUUUCGGAGGUCCAGAAACAGGAAAUUCGUGAUGCGGCCCGAUGGAAAGAAGGCGAAGAGCUUCUUCAAUACUGGGGCUUUUCUUACGGUACGGUAUUGGGGGCGACAUUUGCAGCUAUGUUCCCUCACCGUGUUAAGCGUCUGGUUCUCGAUGGCGUAUGCGAUUCUCAGAGCAUGUACUCAGGUUACUGGACAGCGAAUGUUUUGGACACCGAUAAAAUCAUUGAGAAAUUCUUUGGAAUCUGCCAUCAGGCUGGGCCUGAGAAAUGCUCAUUCGCGAGUGACAACACAGUCGAAGAAAUGAGAGGCAGUCUGGACAAGACUCUUGCAUCGCUUAACAAAACUCCGCUGGUUGUACCGGGUUCCGAGACAAGGGGGCCUGAUAUUAUCACAUACAGCGAUGUGAUGCGAAUCAUCAAAGAGUCGGUAUAUGAGCCCCUGGAAAAAUUUCCACUACUAGCCGACGUUUUCACGGAUGUCUCUCAUGGAAACGGAAGCAUUCUUGCAGACCUGAAAAGUGCGGAUAAAGUUCCAAUCUGCCCAAGUGAUAAUAGCGAAGACGGCUUUAAGACCUGUCCUCCUUAUAAAGAAACUCUUUUGGAAACUUUGGCGUCAAUUAGCUGCACAGAUGGCGAAGAUCGUUCCGGUCUAACGAAGCAGGAUUUCUUCGAUUACUACGAAGUUUUGAAGAGCCAGAGUAGAUGGAUGGCCGACAUCUGGGCUUCCUUUACUAUGCCUUGCUGGGGGUGGAAAACUAGGCCGGAAUGGAGAUACGAGGGACCUAUUGCCGGUAGUCCAGCCCACCCCAUUCUAUGGAUUGGGAAUGCCUUGGAUCCAGCCACACCACUCAGAAACGCAUACAAAAUGGCGACCAGGUUCUCAGGCUCCGCUGUUCUUGAACAAGAAUCUGCAGGCCAUUGCACCUAUUCCUCCGAUUCGAAAUGCACAGCCGAGAACGUGCGCCAAUACUUCCACACUGGCGUACUGCCCGAUGCAGGAACUAGGUGUCGUCCUGACAAGGCGCCUUUUGGUGUUUGA